CACAGUCAGGGGGUGUGUUGCCCUAAAAAAAGUAAAGGCACCGAGCAAUAUCCGACUGCGCUGCUUAUCUGUAUGCAAAAAUCUAUCCGUGUAUUCGAUAAAGCUUUUUGUGCGGAGAGCCAGCGCCGACUGUUUAGCUGAGAGGCACAGCAUGGCAGCGGUGGGAUCCAGAACAGGACUGAACACGAUAUCGAUGGGCACAGACGGGCAGGACGAAUUGGUCUACAUGCAGUGUUGUGGGCAGGGAGGAGGGGUGGGUGUGCAGAAGAAGCUGAAUGCAGGAGCUGGGACAGAAUGGACAGCCAAUGUAAACGCACAGCAAACACAUCUUUUAUCCUUCCCACGGUCUUCCGGUGUGGACUUACCUUACAGAAGUCCUGAGUCAGUGGAGAUGGAUGAGAUCAUGGCUGCAAUGGUGCUCACCAGUCUGUCCUGCAGUCCAGUGGUCCAGAGCCCCCCGCAGAGGGACCUCCUAGCAGGGGACAUGGAGUGUUGCGGAGGUGAGCUGUCGGACAGCGGCAGCAGUGGUUACUGGAGCUGGGACCAUGGCAAUGUCAGCCCAGCCCCUUCUCCAUCGGUCACUGAGAUGGACAGAAGCCUGGGCCAACCGACAGACGAAGGACUGCACAUGGAGCUGGACCAAGCCGCAUGUGAGGAGCCAGAGGCCAGGAGGUGCAAGAGCUUGACCAGGGGAGCAUACAGGUGUCUGUGGCCUGGUUGCGGGAAAGUGCUGACAUCACGGGUUGGAAUGAAACGGCACAUUCGCAUUCUUCACCUGGGUGGGGGCUCAGAGCAGUCGCAUAGGGAGGAAGACUUCUACUACACAGAGGUCUCCUCUGAAGAUGAGGAAACUGCACCUCCAUCUCCUGCUCCAUCCUUCUCCAGCGGGGCCUGGACGUCAUGCAGCUCCACACAAAGCCAGUCCACCCCAGGACCCCAAGAUGCUCCAGUCCAGUCAAGCCCACUCAGUCAAUCAGCUCCAAGCAGCGUGUGGCAGAUCCACACUGAACAUCUCUAUCAGGCCUGUGCGCCCAUUCAGGUGACGGUCUCUCCAGGCUCUCCCACCUUUUGUAGCUGGACCCCAUCUGGUGAUGUCCAGCAGAAACCUCAGGUUGGUCUGCCUCUCCAAAAGCACUUAACGUCACAGAUUCCAGCAUCUCGCAGCCGGUCAGUGAGUGUUGGAGAGCAGUGGCUACAGAGGAACAGCGCCCCCACCAGAUCACAGACCAUGAGUGCAUCUCCCUCCAGAGGGCACUGUUCAUUCAGGAAGGGCCGAGGUGAGGCCAAAAAGUGCCGAAAAGUGUAUGGCGUGGAGCGUAGGGACCAGUGGUGCACCGCCUGUCGCUGGAAGAAAGCCUGUCAGCGGUUCCCCGACUAAAAGACAAAAAAGACUUUAGGAGACAAGGAAGAAUCUCCAUUUUCUUUCUUUCCUCCAACUAUUUCCUGCACUGUAGAGGACCCCUCUUUUCACUUUUCUACCUUUUUUUGUUUUCCUACCAGAGUUGAAAGUGUUCUUGUUGUUUUCCCACAAAAGUGAACGCUGGUACUAGCUGUCGAGACUGUGGAGUAGUAGGAUCCCGACCCCUCAAAGUUGAAUUCUGCCCUCUCACGAGACUAAAGUGUAAUCCUGUAUCUGAUCAAGGUGUUUUUCUACCCCCAGUCCUGCACUUCAUCCAUACCUGAGAUAUUUAAGUGAUUGUUGAUUUUUGUAUACUGUGGACAAUGUAUUGCUUUGAGCAUUUUCAUAAUGUUUUUCUAUUGCUGUUUUGUUAGCCCGAGAGGUGUAACAGUGUAAUGUCACGUAUUGUCUUUUUUUCAACGUAUUUACUCUGAAUUUAGUCACAACUUUUAAGUUUCGCGAGGUUUGACUAAGGUCGUAUGCCAUAGCGCUUCCUAAUCAAUCUAAACUGCCAGAUAUAAAGCUACAGUGGUGAUGGGUGAAAGAUGUGAAUGUUGUUGGCCACAUCGGUGGCCAAAGUAUGUCGUCCGAUGGAGAUAAAGUGCAGCUAUAACCUUUUGAUUGAAUACCAAAGUGCUAUUGCAAAGAGUUAAAGGGAGCUUGACUGAAUAUUGCCCGGAGUAUAGAACGGGCUUGUUUCCUUUUGUACGUUUCUUGUCAUCCUUCCAAAAAAAAUUGUAAGGUCUUGUACAAUACUGGAACAUCCGCUGGAACAUUUAUGACAUCUAAAAGGAUUUGAAAGCGUAACAUCAUAUUGAAAAACAAAAAGAUAUUAUGUACGAUUAAAAACACACAAGAUAAAAUAUGCAAAUUUCAAAAGCUUGUCAUUUGUGCAUGACAAAUAACAAGAACAAUCGUAAAAUUAUUUUAUUGGCCUUUUGUGUGCAUUUCAUGUACAAGUGGAAAGGAUUAAAAGAAAACUCACUUUCCAAAGAUGCUUGCAGAAUGUGUUUGAAAUGAAAAAUAUUCACAAAACCAAGAUGUCUACACACAAAAACCGUACAUUUAUAUGCAGAAUACUGUAAAGUACACUGAAA